UGAGAGCUGAACAGCGCCACAGGGGUGGGGACGGGCGAGAAGUCUAAAGGGGCGAAUCUAAAGGACCAGCAGAAGGGCAAGAAUCCCGCGCCGCCGGCCUCGGUGCUCAGGCCGUCUCUGGGAUAGGAGCAGCCCCGUCUGAGGCGAACGGGCGAACGUCCAGUGUCCGCUGAGUCUGGCCAGGCGCCCGGCCCGGGCCCCGCCCCCCAGGCCCGGCCGCAGGAGGAUUAAGCCUCGAGGAACGCCCGUUGGGAGCGGCGUGGGGGCGGACCCCAGAGGAGGUCAGAGGUCGAGCGGAAGCUGGGGCUACAUCCGGCGGCCUGCCUGAGACAAGGCGAUGGCCAAACAUCACCCGGAUUUGAUUUUCUGCCGCAAGCAGGCCGGCGUCGCCAUCGGGAGGCUGUGUGAGAAAUGCGAUGGCAAGUGUGUGAUCUGUGACUCCUAUGUCCGUCCCUGCACACUGGUCCGGAUAUGUGAUGAGUGUAACUACGGCUCAUACCAGGGCCGCUGUGUGAUCUGUGGGGGCCCUGGAGUGUCUGAUGCCUAUUACUGCAAAGAGUGUACCAUCCAGGAGAAAGAUCGAGAUGGUUGUCCAAAGAUUGUCAACCUGGGGAGCUCCAAGACUGACCUCUUCUAUGAACGAAAGAAGUAUGGCUUUAAGAAGAGGUGAUUGGCUUGACCCUUCUUGCCCCACCACCACUCUGCUGCCCCUCUUGGAGAAGACAUUUUCACUACCCUCCCCACCACCACACUUCGCCCCUCGCCCAGAAAUGUGGCAGAGGCAAAACCGGAUCCUGCCUAGAGAUGGAUGGCAUCAGGGAACUACCAGUAGGGCUCUGAGCUGGACCUUUUCUUACAGAAGGGAAGCUGGGGUGCUAUCCCUGCCCCCGUUGAAGUGGUGUCUCUUUAGUCUAGCACCACCAUCACCACCACCAAGAGUGAGGAAUGGCUUCUAGCAUGGGGGGGGGGUCCUUACUUUCCCCUUUUCCCCCCCAUCUCCUGUCAAAGGAGGCCUGGAGGUCCUCUCUGUAGCUGUAGUGUGUGUUAAUAAAGUUGGGGUUUAUUUUCUA